AUGGGUUCACCGGGCAAACCCCCGAUCUUCGAUGGAUUCGAUUACGACUAUUGGAAGGUGCGCAUGCGUGCCUAUCUUUUGAGUCUAGGUUCCGAGGUCUGGGAGAUUUGCGUGGACCCUGAUUAUGUGAACCUUGCGGUCCACACGACCGAGCUUCAGACCUGCUUCAACUGCGGCAAGACCGGCCACUUCGCCGCCGAGUGCCCCAGGAAGAAGAGCUCCAGGGAUGAUGACGGCCGCUCCAGGCACGAGGAGUACCGCGAGCACCGCCACAAGCACAAGAGUGGGCACUCCCACAAGAAGAAUGGCGGACGCUCCAAGCGGCACCACGAGCGGAAGAAGAAGAACGUCGGCAAGUACAAGGACAAGCAGGCGUUCGUCGCCCAGAGCGAGGAUCACUCCUCCACCAGCCAGAGUUCGACGUCUUCAUCCUCAUCCAGCUCCAGUGACUCCGACUCACACCACCGCGGCGAGAAGAAGCGGAGCUCCAAGAAGAAGGCCACGGAGGGCUUCACCGGUCUUUGCCUCCAUGCUGGGAAGGCGGCCGGUUUCUGCACCAUGGCCAUCGACUCCGACACCGACGGGACUCCUUCCACUACGGCAGCGCCUGCACCUCAGCCAGAGCCUAGCUAUGAGGUACGUCCUGAGCACCCCACUCCUGAGGAGUUGGAGGAUCUUUACACUGCUUUAGAUAAUCAGGAUUUGAUCAUUAAGGAUGCUAAGAGGCAGUUUAGGGCGUUGAGACAGGAGCUGAAGGAAGCUAAGUUAGCUUUAGAGAUUGCUCAGUCUGCCCCCGUAGUGGAGGAUUGUAUUGAGGAGGAUGAGUGCAGUCAGUGCAUCGGCUUGAUGUCUGACUUGUCCGAGCUUAGGAGCAAGUAUGAUGAGAACUUGCUCAAGCUCGAGGAGGGCAAGAAGGCCUUGGACGAGCUCAAGUCCAUGCCUACCCUCUUGGGUGCUUGCAAGGAGUGCCCAGCGCUUAGAGAAGAGCUUAAGGAGAAGAGUGCUGCUUUGAGGAAGUUUGAGAAGUCUGCAGUUCCUAGCUCUUUCUCUGCUGAUUGUACUGUGUGCCCUAGCUUGAUUUCUGAGCUUGAGGAGGCACGGAAGGACAGGACCCGGUUGGAGGAGGAGAACUCCCACCUUCGGGAGGUUCUCAGUUGGGUGUCCUCCCGCGAGCCUCAGUUGGGCAUGAUGGUUCAGCAGUUCAAGCGUCCUGAUGGUGUUGGGGUUGGGUUUGCUUUCACUCCUGCUGACUUUGUCCAACCCUAUGGCAAGAUUGGUGAGAUGCUUGAGCCGAGAGUGAGUGAACUUUCUUCUUCCACAGCUCCACCAGCUUCUAAGCCCGCACCAGCUCCUAAGCCAGCACCAGUCAAGGAUGGAAUCCUGACUGAGCCACCCAGAGCUCCACCCAAGAAUCCAGUAUGGGUUCCCAAACCUAACUACCUCAGGAACCGACUGGACACACUCCCUCCUAGUGGCAAGCCUACUCCUAAGCCCAAGACCGGCCACUUCGCCGCCGAGUGCCCCAGGAAGAAGAGCUCCAGGGAUGAUGACGGCCGCUCCAGGCACGAGGAGUACCGCGAGCACCGCCACAAGCACAAGAGUGGGCACUCCCAUAAGAAGAAUGGCGGACGCUCCAAGCGGCACCACGAGCGGAAGAAGAAGAACGUCGGCAAGUACAAGGACAAGCAGGCGUUCGUCGCCCAGAGCGAGGAUCACUCCUCCACCAGCCAGAGUUCGACGUCUUCAUCCUCAUCCAGCUCCAGUGACUCCGACUCACACCACCGCGGCGAGAAGAAGCGGAGCUCCAAGAAGAAGGCCACGGAGGGCUUCACCGGUCUUUGCCUCCAUGCUGGGAAGGCGGCCGGUUUCUGCACCAUGGCCAUCGACUCCGACGCCGACGGGACUCCUUCCACUACGGCAGCGCCUGCACCUCAGCCAGAGCCUAGCUAUGAGGUACGUCCUGAGCACCCCACUCCUGAGGAGUUGGAGGAUCUUUACACUGCUUUAGAUAAUCAGGAUUUGAUCAUUAAGGAUGCUAAGAGGCAGUUUAGGGCGUUGAGACAGGAGCUGAAGGAAGCUAAGUUAGCUUUAGAGAUUGCUCAGUCUGCCCCCGUAGUGGAGGAUUGUAUUGAGGAGGAUGAGUGCAGUCAGUGCAUCGGCUUGAUGUCUGACUUGUCCGAGCUUAGGAGCAAGUAUGAUGAGAACUUGCUCAAGCUCGAGGAGGGCAAGAAGGCCUUGGACGAGCUCAAGUCCCUGCCUACCCUCUUGGGUGCUUGCAAGGAGUGCCCAGCGCUUAGAGAAGAGCUUAAGGAGAAGAGUGCUGCUUUGAGGAAGUUUGAGAAGUCUGCAGUUCCUAGCUCUUUCUCUGCUGAUUGUACUGUGUGCCCUAGCUUGAUUUCUGAGCUUGAGGAGGCACGGAAGGACAGGACCCGGUUGGAGGAGGAGAACUCCCACCUUCGGGAGGUUCUCAGUUGGGUGUCCUCCCGCGAGCCUCAGUUGGGCAUGAUGGUUCAGCAGUUCAAGCGUCCUGAUGGUGUUGGGGUUGGGUUUGCUUUCACUCCUGCUGACUUUGUCCAACCCUAUGGCAAGAUUGGUGAGAUGCUUGAGCCGAGAGUGAGUGAACUUUCUUCUUCCACAGCUCCACUAGCUUCUAAGCCCGCACCAGCUCCUAAGCCAGCACCAGUCAAGGAUGGAAUCCUGACUGAGCCACCCAGAGCUCCACCCAAGAAUCCAGUAUGGGUUCCCAAACCUAACUACCUCAGGAACCGACUGGACACACUCCCUCCUAGUGGCAAGCCUACUCCUAAGCCCAAGGCUGUGUUUGACAAGACUGAGCAUCAUAGACACCUCAAAGCUUUGUAUCUCAAAGGUUAUGUUGAUGGGAAGCCCAUGACAAAGAUGUUGGUGGAUGGUGGUGCUGCAGUCAAUGUUAUGCCCUAUACCACAUUCAGAAAUCUCAGCAAAGGUCCUGAAGCUGAUCCUACAUAUUGGGACUUCGAUCAAGUGGAGUGCUUCUUUGGGAAAGAGUCGGUAGAAGACUACAUCAACAUCAAUGAUGAUGGUCAACAGCCGAUCCGAGCAGUCAGCUUUGAGAGUUAUGUUGAUGGGAAGCCCAUGACAAAGAUGUUGGUGGAUGGUGGUGCUGCAGUCAAUGUUAUGCCCUAUACCACAUUCAGAAAUCUCAGCAAAGGUCCUGAAGCUGAUCCUACAUAUUGGGACUUCGAUCAAGUGGAGUGCUUCUUUGGGAAAGAGUCGGUAGAAGACUACAUCAAGAUCAAUGAUGAUGGUCAACAGCCGAUCCGAGCAGUCAGCUUUGAGAGUAAUUUUUAA